GUUAUAGUCUAAAAUAAAGAGAAAAUCAAAUUGUACAUUUGUGUAGAGAAUAUUCUCAGAUGAAGAUCAAAUUAUGAUACUUGCUGAACUAAAGGCAGGUAAAGUUUGUUCUGUGUCUCAGUGAAGAGCAGAGUGUUGAGGGCUCGUGGAAUGUGACGCGGUCACGCGGGGAUCAGAGAUGCCGGAGUCACGCGCGCGCGCUCAGCCGGUAUUUAAACUCCUCCAGCAUUAAUUCCACCAAACACUUGACCGAGAAGCAGCUAACGCACAUUCAUCAAAUGAUCAGUUUUUGGAGAUGAUGUGGGAACUUUUGCUGCACUUUUGAAGAUAAUUUGGAUAUUGUUGAUUACGUUUGGCACUAUUUGAUUUGUUAAUUAUUGUUGAGAGUACCUGGCUAUCUUUUUCGGAGGUUUCUUGGAGACUGUUUGGAUAUUUACUCAUUGCUUUUGAGAUUGUCCUAUUUUGGCCAAGAUGUGGCCAUUGUGUGGAGGUAUGCUCCUGCUCAUGCACGCGCUGGUGCUCGUUAGCGCUCAGUUCCCGCGCGUGUGCGUAACGCCAGAGGGCCUCAGGAGCGCGCAGUGCUGCCCGUCCCCGUUCGCUCUGGAGAACGACCCGUGCGGCGCGAGCACCGGCCGCGGGCAGUGCGUGGACGUGAGUGCGGAUGCGCGUGCACACGGGCCUCAGUACCCCUACGACGGGCGCGACGAUCGCGAGCGCUGGCCGCUGCGCUUCUUCGUGCGCGCAUGUCGCUGUAACGGGAACUUCAGUGGCUUCGACUGCGGCCGCUGCAGACACGGACUCACCGGAGACGCGUGCGAGCGGCGCGUGCCCGUGGUGCGGAGGAAUGUGAUGCAGCUCAGCGCGGAGGAGAAGCGCGCCUUCGUGAACGCAUUGGACCAGGCCAAGCGCGCUCCCCACCCGGACCUCGUGAUCGCGACCCGCCGGUACCCCGAGAUCUUCGGGCCGGACAACAGCACGGUGCAGUUCGAGAACAUCAGCAUCUAUAACCUGUUCGUGUGGUCUCACUAUUACUCGGUCAGUAAGACGUUCCUCGGGCCCGGGCAGGACAGCUUCGGCGGGGUGGACUUCAGUCACGAGGGGCCCGGAUUCGUCACGUGGCACCGGUACCAUUUACUGCAGCUGGAGCGAGACAUGCAGGACAUGUUGGGAGAUCCGAGCUUCGCGCUGCCAUACUGGAACUUCGCCAUCGGCGGCAGCGUGUGUGACGUCUGCACGGAUGAUCUGAUGGGCGCGCGCAGCACCUUCGACACCAACGCCAUCAGCUCCAACUCCAUCUUCUCGCGCUGGAGGGUCGUGUGUGAGAGCGUGGAGGAGUACGACACGCUGGGGACCAUCUGCAACAGUUCGGAGAGCAGUCCCAUCCGCAGAAACCCUGCCGGCAAUGUUGCGCGUCCGAUGGUGCAGCGGCUGCCGGAGGCGCAGGACGUGGCGGCGUGUUUGGAGAUCAAUGCCUUCGACACGCCGCCCUUCUACUCCACCUCAUCUGAGAGCUUCAGGAACAGUGUCGAGGGUUACAGCGCCCCCCAGGGGAACUAUGACCCCGCCGUGCGCAGUCUGCAUAACUUGGCUCAUCUGUUUCUGAAUGGGACGGGCGGACAGACGCAUCUCUCCCCCAACGACCCCAUAUUUGUGCUGCUGCACACCUUCACUGACGCCAUCUUUGACGAAUGGCUGCGCAGACACAGUCCAGAAGUGUCCAUCUAUCCGUUGGAAAACACCCCCAUCGGCCACAACAGAGAGUUUAACAUGGUGCCCUUCUGGCCGCCGGUGACCAAUGCAGAGAUGUUCGUCACAGCAUCUGAAAACCUGGGAUACUCCUAUGAGGUCGAGUGGCCAGCUCGUCCUCUCACACUGACCCAGAUCAUCACCGUCACCGUGGUCGCCGCCCUCAUCGUCGUGGCGAUUAUUUUUGCCGCCACUACGUGUGUCGUCCGGUCGCGCUCCUACAGGUCGGAGGGUCGGCGGCCGUUGCUCGGAGACCAGUAUCAGCGCUACGACGACCACGACAAAACACAGUCUGUAGUAUAAACACUUGAACUGUCACCCCCCCAUUUUUGAACCUAGACGUAAAAGUGCACUAUCCAAAUUUAAAUUGUUAUAAUUCAUGAACACUUUUGAAUACAGACAUAAGGUUUUUCUCUUUUUAAAGAAGACAAUCAGCAGAUUAUUGUGGCAGUGAAAUAAUUUCAAAAAAUGAAAGUAUAAAAAGUUAUACAAGUUUAAAUUUACUGUAAAGAAAAUGUACUGUACUAUUUUUAUUAUAUUUUAUAUAAAAUAAAUAUUUUACAAAAUAGUUUUAAAUCCAAAAUUGCUAUAAAAUUAAAGUCACAUGUCUCAAUAAGUUGUGUUCCAAAUUUGAAGUUGAUAUGAAAACAAUUGAGGUUCCUAUGCAAUUUUGUUUUGGUGUUAUACCAGAAAAAGCCACCGGGUGACACCCAAACUCCAUUGAAUUAUGUUUCUGUCACAAAUGCAUAAAUUUCUCUUUCAAUAUUACUUCUAUAACAAAAUAAUAUGGGAUCUUGAGACUCAGACCUUUCCAACGAUAUGUAUUUUGUCAAGAUUAUAAAAAGUUUUGAUCCCAAAAGACCGUAAUAUGACACCACGCACUAAGGGGGAGGAGACCGCUAAAAGAUUUUGAAGUACAAUUUCUAUGGUAAAGCAAUGUCAGAUUUUCAAAAUUUCACAGGAUGUUUUAAGCUUUCAAAUGAUAUAUAAUUUAUGAUGAUUACUAAAAUAUUUUAUAGGGAAAAAGGCAACAAAAUAUAGUUUUUUGUGAAAAAGGUCAGAACUCCUACCCUUUCGACAGGUACAAUCCUCUACUAUGACUGUAACAGUAAUUAAAGGUAUUUUUUUUAAUACCACACAGAAACAUCCCCUGAUAUCACUGAAAUAAUGAGGACAACUUCCAUUAGAGCUAUCUGCAAAAUAUCUUUGGACUUUAUUUAAUAGUUUAAUUGUGAAUCAUUUAAAGUCUCAUGUUAAAAAGACUGAAAUAAACCACUAACAAACUUUCAA